ACUCUAUCGCACGACCGCCACAAUUUGCUGUGAGAUCCACAAAUUUUUGCCAUUUUUACAGGCAUUGUUUUGUUAAAUCAAUUUUUGCGCCUAAAUAAGCUGCACAAUGUCUGAUAAUGAUGACGAUUUCAUGUGCGACGAUGAUGAAGAUUAUGGUCUGGAAUACUCAGAGGACAGCAACUCGGAACCGGACGUAGAUCUAGAGAAUCAAUACUACAACAGCAAGGCACUUAAAGAGAUGGAGCCCACAGCAGCGCUCGCCAGUUUCCAAAAGGUGCUCGACUUGGAGAAUGGCGAAAAGGGUGAGUGGGGCUUCAAGGCACUGAAGCAGAUGAUAAAAAUCAACUUUAGUCUGAACAACUACAAGGAAAUGAUGGUGCGCUACAAACAGCUGCUCACCUACAUUAAAAGCGCUGUCACACGCAACCAUUCGGAGAAGAGCAUCAACUCCAUACUGGAUUACAUUUCAACGUCCAAGAAUAUGGAGUUGCUGCAAAACUUUUAUGAGACCACUUUGGAUGCUCUGCGCGAUGCCAAAAACGAUCGCUUGUGGUUCAAAACUAACACUAAGCUGGGCAAGCUGUACUUUGAUCGCAGCGACUUUACUAAAUUGCAAAAGAUACUCAAACAGUUGCAUUCGAGCUGCCAGACAGACGACGGCGAGGAUGAUCUAAAAAAGGGCACACAAUUGCUGGAGAUUUAUGCAUUGGAAAUUCAAAUGUACACUGUACAAAAAAACAACAAGAAACUGAAAGCUCUCUACGAGCAAUCGCUGCACAUUAAAUCAGCUAUUCCACAUCCUCUUAUAAUGGGCGUUAUUCGCGAAUGCGGCGGCAAAAUGCAUCUACGCGAAGGCGAAUUCGAGAAGGCGCACACAGACUUCUUUGAGGCCUUCAAGAACUACGAUGAAAGCGGCUCGCCCAGACGCACCACCUGCCUUAAGUACUUGGUGCUAGCAAAUAUGCUUAUGAAGUCCGGUAUCAACCCGUUCGACUCGCAGGAGGCCAAGCCUUAUAAGAACGAUCCCGAGAUUUUGGCCAUGACAAAUCUGGUUAAUUCAUACCAAAACAAUGACAUCAACGAGUUUGAGACUAUAUUGCGUCAACAUCGCAGCAACAUUAUGGCUGAUCAGUUUAUACGCGAACACAUUGAGGACUUACUGCGCAACAUACGCACCCAGGUGCUCAUUAAACUGAUCAGACCAUACAAGAACAUAGCCAUACCGUUCAUAGCCAAUGCACUCAACAUUGAGCCCGCCGAGGUGGAGAGCUUGCUGGUUUCCUGCAUACUCGAUGACACCAUCAAGGGACGCAUCGAUCAGGUGAAUCAAGUGCUGCAGCUGGACAAGAUUAAUAGCAGUGCAGCCCGCUACAAUGCGCUGGAGAAAUGGUCCAACCAAAUCCAAUCGCUGCAGUUUGCUGUAGUACAGAAAAUGGCUUAGGCAUAAGGCAAUGAUUAAAACCUAAUCGAAAUUAUGAAAAUA